AUGGCCAAUAGGCCUAAUUUCAUCGACCUCAGGGCCGAUUCGUCAGCCUCGGUCAACAGCAGUGCCUCUCGUCCUCUAAGGUCACCGCGAUUACAUGUCGCUGGGGAGGUUCCUCCCGCCUUAUCCCCCCUUGAUGCCUUCGCUGCUCAGAGCCGCUUGCUUGCCAAGCAGCUCGAGGACAGCGCCAAAACUGGGAGACGGAUGAGCCGUCUACCCCCAUUGACAACAGAAAGCCCGUUAAUUGUUCAAGGUCGUUCAGAAUACUUUCGCUCUAUGUCCUACGACUCGUCUGAGGAAGGACCUGAGACCCCCCAGCAAAAUACCGGGCUUGGUUUGACUACAGAGGUGGAAUCGCCAUCAGAGCGGCCUGUUUCGAUGCACCCUCGAAUGAGUCGCAUACCUCCCACGCCCGACCAAUCGAUACCAGUGCCUCCAAACCCAUUUCUCGAAAACGCGCGCGGUCGACACCUUGAAAAGCUCCAGGAGGAUGAAGGAAUAUAUGGUGCGCGCCGAGAAGAAUCACCUGGUGACUUGGAAAGUGUAGCAGAUAAGGCAACGGACCAUACACCAACAGAGCAUGAUAUCGAACCCAGAGAGCUUUCGCCCACCAGCACCCGCUUUCCACCGUCCCCAGAGAAGCUCACCAAAACGACCUCCCAUGAAUCUGCUAGUUUAGUUCCGCCAAGGUCUAUCUUCCCCAAGCGUUCUUCAAGUAUAAUGUCUGCACCUUUGGAUGCUAAUGACGAUACCUUGAGUGCUUCUUUCUACUCACAACCAUCCCGGAAGCUUUCAUCGGGCAGUAGUUUCUCGGGGCCGGGUCUUGCGUCGCCAAUUGCGCACUACCAAAGAUCUCCCUCGAUUAGUUCCGAGGCUUCUGCGCCUUUGCCACGUCCUGCUUUUAACUUUUCUCGACCGCUCAGCCGGACUGGCACGCCAGGCCUAGAUCCACCAACUCGACAAGCUUCGUCGGACAGCCAACCAUCCUUCGUACUUGCCGAUGAGACUGCACACACCCCAGUUAGUAUACACAGUGAGGCUUUCUUAGAUGGUCAUUCCACCGAGGACGGAAAAGGUGUUCCUUCAUAUAUCUAUUCUAAAUACGCACUACCGAGGGGUAAGUCAUUACAGCGCAACUCGGUUAUUUUCCGCGAUGAGCCGCAAAGGAGUAGUCAAGCGCCACCAUCGCCUCCUACUAGGCCUUCGAGUUCCUCGUCGAGAACGCAAGAAGGUCAACACGCAGCCGAUUCUCUCCUAGGACGUCCAUCCAUCGAACGAAGUAAACUUUCCAACGAGAUGUCUUUAGAAGGAAGACAGUCGUCACCUGACCCAAGUCGUCCCUCAACUGACACGAGUAGACCAUCUGAGGAUGUGCCUAGGGGGCGCACCCUUACAUCUCCACUCCAUGACCAAGGCCGAGGACGAACGCCAAUGUCGGUAUCCACAAGUGACUCGGCUAGUACCAUUAGGCCACCGAGGUCACAGCAUUCUCAUGCGCCUACAACCUCUGAAAUGAGUGCGGAAGAGCAUUUGGCAAAGGGCAUUAAGUGUCACGAGGAGGGCUCUGUAAAAGAAUCUACCUAUCACCUGCGAUUUGCUGCGCGUGCCGGCGACCCGACUGGUAUGCUACUGUAUGCGUUAGCUUGUAGACACGGAUGGGGCAUGCGAGCGAACCAGCGAGAAGGUGUCGAGUGGCUACGGAAGGCAGCCGAUGUUGUGAGCGCCGAAAUCGCAGAGGAUGAGGAUCAUGCCAAGGAGGGUAAAACAGUUGAUUUCAUGGACCAUAAAACCCGCAAGGCCCAAUUUGCUCUAAGCAUCUAUGAGUUAGGUGUCAGCCAUAUGAAUGGUUGGGGAAUCGAGCAGGAUAAAGCACUUGCUUUACGAUGCUUCGAAAUUGCCGGCAGUUGGGGUGAUGUUGAUGCUCUUGCCGAGGCUGGCUUCUGUUAUGCUAAAGGCGUGGGCUGCAAGAAAGACCUUAAGAAAAGCGCCAAAUUUUACCGCAUGGCCGAGGCGAAGGGCAUGAGUAUGCCGGGGAAUAGCUGGAUACACAAGGCGAAAUAUAGCGAUGAUGUUGGCAGCCCGAAAUCGAAGCGCGGCCGAAGCAAGUCAAAAAGUCGGGCGAUUUUCGGCAAGAAGACAUAA